GACCAACUCCUCAACUGUGCAUGUGCUAUUAUUCUCUCUUCCUCGUCUCGGCUCUGUCCUCCCCGCUUUUUCAUAUUUUGGCGUCCAUUUCCAACGGCAAAAAGCAAAAAAUGCAAUUCCAAACCCUAAUAGGCUGCCCUUCUCACACCCCUCUCUUCCAAAACACCACUCAAAAACGACUCUCUCUUUACCCUCGCUUUCACGCGCCUCUUUUCCCUUCAAAUUUGUCGCUCGCUUCGACGCCGAAAAGUCGUCGAAAUCGGAUUAUAACCGCUUGCAUUAGCCCCACCGAAGCCUCGGGCGAAAACGAUGGCGGUACCGUUUCGGUUUCGGGAAAGGUGUUGGGGGUUGUGGGGGGAGAGGAAUCGGGGAGUGAAGAGAGACAGAGUAUAUGGAAUCAGAUGAAGGAGAUUGUGAAGUUCACUGGGCCCACCACGGGGCUCUGGAUUUGCGGGCCCUUGAUGAGUCUGAUUGACACCGUGGUGAUCGGUCAGGGUAGCUCCAUUGAGCUCGCUGCUUUAGGCCCGGCAACGGUUAUAUGCGAUUAUAUGAGUUAUACGUUCAUGUUCCUUUCGAUUGCUACUUCGAAUAUGGUUGCUACUUCCCUUGCCAGAAAGGAUAAAAAUGAAGUCCAGCAUCACAUAUCUAACUUACUCUUUAUUGGGUUCACUUGUGGCUGCUUGAUGCUUUUGUUUACAAAGUUCUUUGGUUCAUGGGCACUGACUGCUUUUACUGGACCAAAGAACGCACAUGUUGUACCUGCAGCAAACACAUAUGUUCAGAUUCGAGGCUUAGCAUGGCCUGCACUUCUCGUUGGAUGGGUUGCUCAAAGUGCAAGUCUCGGCAUGAAAGAUUCCUGGGGACCUUUAAAGGCUUUGGCGGUUGCCAGUGUUGUAAAUGGCAUUGGUGAUAUAUUCCUGUGCAGCUUCUUAGGCUAUGGUAUUGCUGGUGCAGCAUGGGCUACAAUGGCUUCUCAGGUUAUUGCAGGUUAUAUGAUGAUUGAAACUCUGAACAAAAAAGGAUACAAUGCUUUUGCUAUCUCUGUUCCAUCACCUCAUGAACUUUCAACAGUACUUGGGCUUGCUGCUCCAGUUUUUUUAACAAUGAUGUCAAAGGUGGCUUUCUAUUCCCUCCUUAUAUAUUUUGCCACAUCUAUGGGCACACACACCAUGGCCGCUCAUCAGGUCAUGGUUCAAACGUUCUGUAUGUGUACGGUAUGGGGUGAACCUCUAUCGCAAACCGCACAAUCAUUUAUGCCGGAGUUCAUAUAUGGAGCCCGUCGAAAUUUGGAAAAGGCUCGAAUGCUGCUAAAGUCACUUGUCAUCAUUGGAGGAAUAGCUGGGUUGCUAUUAGGGAUUGUUGGAACAUGUGUUCCUUGGUUGUUCCCCAAAAUUUUUACACAUGAUCAGAAUGUCAUACAGGAGAUGCACAAGGUUCUCAUUCCAUAUUUUCUUGCAUUAGCUGUCACACCCCCAACUCACAGCCUUGAGGGAACAUUGCUGGCUGGACGGGAUCUUAAAUUUAUUAGCUUCUCAAUGACUGGAUGCUUUUCCAUGGGUGCUCUACUCCUACUGCUUGUAAGCAGUAGAGGAUACGGUUUGCCUGGCUGCUGGUUCGGACUUGCAGCAUUUCAAUGGGCUCGAUUUUUCCUCUCUCUUCGGCGCCUUAUUUCUCCGAAUGGCAUACUUUACUCUGAUGAUCUGCUGUUCAAAUUGCAUGAGAGAGUUUAGUCCAAAAUGAAUUCGGGCAAAUGGAUCUAAUGUGAACUCUAUGGACUCUUUCACAUGCCCAGCAAAUUGUUGGAGAUCUCAAUCCCAUUAAGAGCAUGCAUAAAAGAUUGGCGGUUUAACCUUUUGACAUGCACAUGAUUGGGGUGACCAAAACCUCUAAUUACAUAAAAUUGUUGCGAACUCCUUUCUCCAAUGGUCUCAAGAGUCAAGAUCAGAACCAAAUGUAAAUGCUUACAGAGGACAGGAUGGGAAAGGAAAAAGCUUAUAUCAACGUUGCUUGUAGCUUCUGUGAAGGAAAAUCUGAUGGCCAUGUAAACUGUAUAUCCAGACCGAUGAAGGAAACAAGCCUCAGAAAAGACAAAAAGUGGACAUACCAAAAUUAAUUUGCAAAACAAGUGUGCUCAAGAAGACUUUUGUAAACGUUAGCGAAUAUCACCAUCGUUCACUGCCCCCCCC